AUGUGGUAUUCCGACCAACGGGCAUAUCUUUUGUGCUUGUCAAACAAAUAAAUUUAAAUAAUUGGCAAAUCAAUUGGGCAAAAAUGAACGAGUUCUGCCGCACCUGCGGCAAGACCAUCGUGGCCGACCAAUGCCUCCAGAUCUUCUCGAAGGAGGGUCGAAAGCUGCUGCAGUGCGUGCGCUCCAUAACAAAUUGCUGGCUGCAGGAUGUCCAGAAUUUGCCCAACCUCAUGUGCUUCGAUUGCCAGGUGCUGCUCAGGCAGGUCCAGAAAUUCCGCCGGCGCUGUGCGAAGAUCGAGAAAUACUUCGCCAGGCGGCGGAGCAGAAUGAAUCUCGGCGAGGCGCCUGCCGCUGUGCCGCUGCAGCUGCCCGUCCAGCAAACGGCCGCUCCCGAUCCGCUGGGCAUCGAUGAGCUGAUGGCGGCCAGCGAAAUCAAACUGGAACCCAGCCAGGUGCAAAUGGAGCAGGAAACGGAAUCCUCGUAUCCAGAGGAGCAGCUCGAAGAAGGCAUUAGUUAUGAAGAUGCUCCGGGUGAGGACUUUCUGCCCCUGCCAGAGGACUACGGAGAAGCACAGACGGAAAUGAUGGCCACCACCACCACCACCACUGGCAAACAGGGAAGAAUCAAGACCAGUGUCAAGUCCAGCAGGCACACAAUGCGCAUGGGCAGGAAACUGAUCCACGUGAAAGUCAUCGACGACAAGCAGCCGAAGCGAAUUGUGGACCGCAACGGUCAGAACGCCAAGCCCUGUAUCUGCGAGCACUGCGGCAGGCAAUUCAAAGACACCAGCAAUCUCAAUGUCCACCUUCUGCGGCACACGGGCACCAAGCCCUUUGAGUGCGAGCAGUGCCACCAGAAGUGCUACACCCUACAUCUGCUGCGUCGCCACCAGCUGAAGCACACGGAGGGUCCCUACGCCUGCACUUUCUGCGGCCUGGAGUACAGCACGAAUAGCUCUCGGGUGAGGCACGAAAGGGAGGCGUGCAAAAAGGGACGAGCUCCGCAGUCCAAGUGGGAGAUCAUCAAAAAGGGCGAACGCACUUUCCACUGCGAAGUGUGCGAUCUGUGGUUCCUGCGCGCUGGCAACUUUACACAGCACAUCAACUCCUCCAGUCACGCUGAAAACGAACGCAAAAAGAAACGCAAAUCGAAAACAGUGGAACCCUCCGCCCUAAAUACAUGAAACAACUGCGAUUUAAAUUCAAA